AUGUCCACCACAACUGCCUCUGUUCAAAACAAUACUAACGGACUAGAUGAAGAUAAGUCACCAUCUUCUUCGACCAAGGUCAAACUCUUUGAUCGAUUGCAAAACAAGAUCUCCAAUAGAAAUUCAGUAACUGUCGAUACAAGCAAUAAUUCCACACCAAAAACAUCUUCUGUAAAGAGAGGACUCUCAAUGAUGCUCUCUAAAAAGACCUCUAGUAACCUGCAAUCGGAAAUCAAGAAGGUGUCUCCAACUUCUGAAGGAUUAGCAGAGUUGAAAGAAUCAAGAUUAACCAAAACUAGAUCAGUUUCUAUCAUGGUUCCAAAAUUUUCAUUAGCAGAUAAGCAAGGAAUAAGCAAGGAAGCAUCUGAAAGAGCAAGAUUAUUCCACUCACAAAUGCAUCAAAGAAAACAGAAAGCAGGAACAAAGGCUUCAUUUUCACAUUUAAUAGUUAAAAGAUCAGCAGGAGGUUCUUCUUUGGCAACCAAACGAUCCAUCAACACUGCUGACAUGCAACAAUUUGGCUUCGAUCAAAUAUCACAGGAAGUUGAUGCUUAUGGUGAUGCUGAUACUCAACCAAUGGAUGAUAUGGAGGGUAUUUCUCAGGGACAACAACAACAAAAUUUAUCGGAUCAGGGAAGGAAAAAAGAAAUUGAAGAGUUGGAUACUUUUAUUAAACAAUUAGUAAAUUCAAAGAAUUCAAUCGAGAUUAAAGCUGUUCUCCCUGUGUUGAUUACUUAUUUAACUCCCACAUCAAAUAAUUUUAUACCAAAUGCUCUCUCCUAUAUUAAUUCAUCAAAUUAUUUAUUAGAACAUUUAGUAACAGUGUUUACUUAUGUGUUAAAUGAAUUGAAUAUUGAAUUAAGUUCAAUUUAUGAUAGGGAUACAAUUGUAUUAUUUGUAAGAUUUUCUACAGUGAUGGUUUGCUCGAAUAUUUCCAAUAAUGAUGUUGUAAAAUUCAUGUCAAGAAUUAAUUAUUGGUCAAACUUGUUAUCAUAUGAUUCUCACAAAAUUAAAAAACAAAUAUUUAAUGGACUAGUUGACAUUUCAAAGAGGAGUGAGAGUUUAGCUACUUUAAUCUUUGAAAAAAUGUCACAACAUGCCUAUAUGUUAUCUGAUUGGGAUCAAGGUAUCAGAAGAUCCUAUUUGAAGCUAUUAUCUGUAUCAUGUCCUUUCGAUAAUGAUUAUUUGGAGGAUGAAAAAAUUUCCAAAGUAUUGAAAAUGAUAAGAACAGCAUUCACUGAUAGAGAUUCAAGAGUUAGAACUCAAGCUGUAGAGUCACUAGUAUUGCUUAGUAAGAGAGGAUUGAAACUUUCAUUUGAUUUAUAUCCUGAAGCUGUUAGUUCAUUACAUGAUGAUGUGGAGGAGGUAAGAGAGCAAGGACUAGAACUUGUAACAUUAAUUGCACAAUUAUAUCCAAAUAGAGUAGUUUCUCACUCCGGUACUCAAUUGUCUCUUGUGGAAGAUGCUUUUGGAAAAAUUUGUAAUGCAGUCAGAGAUCAUGUUGUCUCCGUUAGAACUAAGGCGUGUAAAAUGCUUGGAAAGUUGAAAGGAAUGAGUGAAAAACUCUUAUUGGAAGGAUUUGGAAAAAUAGAACUCGAAUAUACUCCAAAAUAUAAUAGGAGAAGACAAAGAGAGGAAGAGGAUGCAAAUACUAAAAAGAAAGCUCUUCAACAAAGACAAUUAAUUAUGGAACAAACUUUCAACAGUGAAGAUUUUUCCGAAGAUGUGGAUGGUGAUAUUUCAAUCAAAGGAACUGAAAAGGAUGCUCUUUUGUACAGUGGAGCUGUUGGUACAUUCGUUUUAGCUUUAGAAGAUCAAUAUAGAAGUGUAAGAAUGGCAAUUAUUGAAUCGAUAUGUGAACUAAACAGAGAGUCAGACUUGUUUAGCAGAAAAUCAGUAGAUUAUUUAAUAGAAAUGUUUAACGAUGAAAUUGACUCUGUAAGAAUUCAUGCUAUCGACUCUGUAAGCAAAAUUAGUGCAGCUUCUCUGAGAUUUGAUGAAGAACAAUUACAAAUCGUUCUUGCUAUUUUGGAAGAUUCUAACUCAGAUAUAAGAGCCUCCAUAAGAAAUUUAUUGAGCGUAAUUGUUUUGUCUAAUGCUAGGUGCUUAAAUGCAGCCAUUAGGGGCUUACUAAUUAACAAUUUGAAAAAGUACAGCUCUGACUUGGAUCACAUUUACAGGUGCUUGAGAGAUAUUGCUAAAAACCAUUCCAAAAUUACAGAAUUUUUGAUUGAAUAUAUGUUUAAGCACUAUGCCUACCUAAGAUCUAAGCACCCUAAUUUAUUUCCAAACUUAAACAUCCGUACACUGAGCAUGCAAUCGAGUUCAUUAGCUUACACAUUUGCAAAUGGAAAGACAAAACAAACCAGUACUCAAAAUGAUCAUUUAACACUUGUAUUGCCAUUUAUUGAAACUUUUAAUGAAAUUAGAUUUCUUUCUAUGACUAAUGAAAAGGAAGAUACCUUGGAUGCUAUGAAGAGUUUAAGAAAUGAACUUCAAAAGACUGCAAAAAGUUCUGAUAGAAAUUUGAACGUAUUCAUUCAAUUUUUGAAAUUAUAUUGUACAUGUUGCUAUUACUAUUUAUCUAUUAGAAACAUUUCCCAAACUGAAAAAGUUGGUCCUAAGGUAUUUCAAAAUAUUAUUCAAACCACGUACAAGAUUGAGACACUUUUUGGAAACUUGAGUGAUAAUCUGCUUUUACAACUGAUGUGUCUCAGAUUUAUUGUUUAUGUAAAAUAUUUACUCUACUCUUCUGAGAAAGGUGCUAGUUUAUCUGCUGAACAUGUAAAUACUAGAAAGAUUCGACAAUUAUGCCAAAUGAUUCAAGAUUCUUCAAAUAAGUUUGGUCUUCCAAUAGAUGAAUCUCUUUAUUCAAUAAUAUUACACUUCCUCUCUAAUGACGAAAUUUCAACAUCAGAAUUGCAAAAUAGUAAUCAUUUCUUUCCCAAACUUGAAGAAAGUGACAUUCAUAGUAUGACGUACAAAUCUUGUCAAAUAAUCUCACCAACUCCAAAUCUCGAAAAACCAAUUGAAUUCCAACCUUUCAUAUCACUCCCAAUAUCAGUACAGGCAAAACUUAGAGAUUUAGAUGCCAAUGACAAAUUAUUUAUUGAUGUUUCCUUCUCAGAUGGUACCAAUAGUAUUUUCCCUGUCAACAAAACAACAGAAGUUUCAAAUAUUGGUUCAUCCAAAUUCCUGUUAUCUAAAGAAAUUCAAUUGAGAACAGAGUGGUGGAGUGAAUCAUGUCCAAUUGAAAUCUCACUAAGCACUUCCUAUUCUACCCAAAUCUCAGAUGAGUACUCCCUUCUUGUCAAUGAACAUUCAACAAGUGAGCAAACAACAAUAAUGCAAACGAGGGAUUUUCUAACUUCAUAUCUGUAUCCAGUUCAUCAGCCCUAUAUGCCACAUCCAAUUAGUUUUGAUGCAAAGUUAGUUGAUUUAUGUGAUGAUUCACACGUUGAAACUGAUAACUCUAACAAACCACUCAAUGUUUCAUUCUCAAAUUUGGAUUGUAUUGAAUUCUUUUGUGGAGAAAAUUCAUCCAAUUUUUCACUUGCCACUAAAUUAGAGAGAUUUACCUUUUCACGAAUGAUUAAUCAUUGUUUAUUUUGCAUGAGUGAGAAGGCCCAACGUUUUAGAGAGUUCAUUACAAAUGAGAAUCGAACAAUUUGGAAUGAAAAUGAUAUUAGAAUUAAGGAUAAAAUUACAAAAUUGAAUAGAAAAUUAACUGCAUUUGAAGUUUUAAAUGUUACAACACUCAAAGAACAAGAAAUUCUGUACAAUCCAAUUAUAUGCUAUUGCUAUCAUGGAAAUUAUUAUGGAUUUCAAUGUGAUGCCUAUUCUGUUUUCUUUUCUCCAUUGGUUAAUAAUUGGUUUCCUCUGUUUUUAGCAAUAAUCUAUGGGAUUUUAACCCCAAUUAUUAUGAUUACAACAUGUAUACCUCAAAUUAACAACAAAAUUAAGGUUAUCAAGAAGAAGAUUUUGACAAUUGAAGGAAAAUGGAAGAGAGCUAGGUCAAUUUUUGCUGGAGUAUUUAAUAUCAAGUUACAGGGUGUUUAUUUUCUUGUGGCUGCUUCAAUUUUCAUUCUUAUUGAGAAUUUACAUGAUUUACUUUCCAAUUUUUCAUUCUAUCGACCAUUUCAUCAAAAUUUCAUUAAUGGUUUAUUCAGAGCCAUUUCUGUUGCUUGCCUAUGUUGCAGCUUUGUUUCUAUGGUGGUCAAUUGGUCUCACGUAGUUACAGCCACAAUGGCUCACAAACCAGAAGCUAAAUCUCGUCUAGGACUCAAACACAAAAUAGUUCUUUCAGUUUUCUAUGGAAUUUUACUUGUUUGCAUUUUGGUAAUGAUUAUUGUCUAUGCAGCAACACUUGUGAACGUUUAUGCUUUCAUUGUGUUGGGAAUUUCAGGAAUUUUGUACUCGUUUUUUGUUUUAUUUGGAUUUUUAUUUUAUGGAUUGAAAAUUUUUUAUUCCCUUCGUAAAACUCAAAACAUUUCCUUCUCCUCUCUAAGAAUUACCAAAUUCAUGCUAGCCAUUGAUUUUUACUUUGUAAUUGUCAUGAUUGUCUCAGCAUGGGUCGUAAUGGGUUAUAUUACUGGAUGGGAUAAUGUGGGUUUAUUCCUUGGAGAGUACAGAAAUGUGGAAUUGGAUUUAGUAUUCCUAAUCUUAAUAUCCUUACUGAACUAUAUGUUAUAUCAUUCUGAACAAUUUUCUGAAAUGUUUGGAGGAAAAACCUUAGGUGAGUGGAUGAAAAAGUUGUGCUGUCUGAUUUGUGAAUUGGGGGAUGAUAAAUGGGAAACCAAUAAGAAGGGAACGACGACGAAUCCUACUAAGAGUACAAGUACUGCCACUACUACUGUUGCUGCUGCUUCUGCUGUGGAUUCUCAAUCAAAUGUUUAAACUAGAUACCAAUUUAACUUGUUGUUUACAAUAAAAUAUUUACAAAACUUGAUCAUC